UGGAUCAAGAUUGGAAAGAGUGCGUUAUCAAUGACUCGUACGAGUCCACGAUGAUGAGCGUGGCGGAUCUGUCGCGCCGUUGCACCAACGUGAUGAUCAGUAUCAACGCUUUAGCUGCCUUUUUCCUUUCAAUCGGCGAGCACUUGCUGCAGUCGAUGGGCGAUGUCGAUGGAGUUGACAAUAAUUCUCGAGAACUCCCUAUAAAGAUGGAGUUCCCUUUCGACGUCAGCGAAUCCCCGGUUUUCGAGUGCUUUUUGGUCGGGCAAUUCCUUUACGAAUUGGUGCUGGCUUCUAUAGUUGGUAUGAUGAAUGCGUUACUCGUCUCAUUGAUACUUCACGUAAGUGGUCAGAUUGACAUUAUGCGACAAGAUAUAAAUGACAUUUCCAACAGCAAAUACGAUUCCAGCGCAUCCUUGGUUAUUAUCAAAAGUCUAAUUUGCAAGCACCAGAAGAUUAUUACUCUAUCGGAACACAUCGAAAACUUGUAUACAUAUAUCGCAUUAAUGCAACUCCUAUGGAACACUUUGGUCAUCUGCUGCACUGGUUUUGUGAUUGUGAUUACCAUUGGUACCAGCGACAGUGGGACAACUUCAAUGAUCAAAUCUGUGAGUUUUUACAUUGCAAUUACUCUAGAAGUUUUCAUACUCUGCUUUGCCGGAGAAUUUUUGAGCGCCAAGAGUAGGUCAAUUAGCGAUGCGGUGUAUGAGACACUUUGGUACGAUAUGCCAACGACAAAUAGCCGCAUUUUAUUGUUUGUGAUAUUAAGAUCGCAGAAACGAUUGACGAUAACUGCAGGAAAAGUCGUUGAUUUAACUUUGGAAGGAUUUACAAGCAUUAUGAAGGCAUCAGCUUCUUAUGUAUCUGUGCUAAAUGCGAUGUACUAAGUGCCGAAUGACGUUUGUCAAUCACAUGUGCAUUUUC